AUGACGUAUCCAGUAGAGUUUCAGUAUAAAUCGAGGGCAGACCCCAGCAUGGAUAACGUCGAGCAUAUGUAUCAUGAAACCAACACUCUGAAUAUGGAGCAAGGUACACCUGGCCCUGCUCUCGAAAAAAUGAUUUUGUACAACAAUAUCCCAUCCUUACUUGUACAAUGCCACAGAAUUUGGGUAACUUAUUCUGAUGAGUGCCAUCGAUUGCUGGAGGACACAGAACAGUGCACGUAUAUGAAACAACGGGAAAGAUAUGAAACAGCAUACGGUCACUACAUGGAGGUACGCGACACUUUGUUGAACAAGAUCCCACUUAUGCCCGAAUUCAACGAUUUUUUUGUUCGAGAUAGGGAUGACCAAACGAGGGCACAUUAUUUGCGCUUCAAAGAGUUGGUAGAGAAGGAUCGCAGGAUCAAUGACUUGAGGGAAAAACUUUCGCAACUUAGGACAAAAAAGACUUUCUUUACGGGUUUUCUAAAACAGUCGUGGAUCUCCGAGGGGACCCUGAGGCGGAUCCUUCUUUCCAAAAGUUCUGGGGAUAUUCUUGUCAUCGAAGUAAGAGAAUUGUCUUUGUCUACUCAACAUCCCCAGGAUUCGAAAUUUAACGUAUGCAUAGAUCCGAUUUUAAUCAAAGAGCAGGAAACUCUUUCGAAACUUGAACACAAUCUAGAAAAGGUAACGAAACCGGGGGAGCUUUUUUACUUCAGGGGAAGAAACGAUUUUGAAUAUAUCGUAAUUUGUGUUCCCAUCAAGGAGUUACCUAGUGGGACUGGAUAUAAGAAAAGUGUAAUACUUUUCGAAAAAAUCAUUACUGAUCUCAAACCCAGGACCAUAGAUCAAAGGUAUCCUAAGCUGUACAUGUGCUCUGUGAACUACGAUGCAAUAAUAACCAAAAAUGAUUUGGGUAAUAACAGCAACAUGGCUGGACCUGCAUUUUCUAUUCAACUGCCCUUAUUUACAGGAAACAACCCCCAGACACUAUCCAAUACACACAAACCCAACUACACGAGCCCAACAGUAAUAAAGGGCAUUCAGAAUGAAGGUAACUGCUGUUACAUGAAUUGUAUUAUACAAUGUCUCCUUUGCUUCCCUGAAUUUACCAACAAGUUCCUAGACAACGCCUACCUUGGAACAAUAAAUGUUAAUAGUAGGUUGGGGCAUCAGGGACUGGUGGUCAAGAAUUGGGCAAAAAUAAUUCAAGCCUUUUUUCAGGUCAGCCAGGAAAACAUACAGCCAGCAGUCAGUAUUACGGAAUUUAGAGAACAAUGGGCUAAUCUUUUCCCAGAAUAUGGGAAAUAUCAACAACAUGAUUGCAGUGAGUUCUGUCUUCGUUUACUUGAAGAGAUUCACGAAGACAGUAAUUGGGGUAGACCACAAAAUUCCGAUGCAGCUAUGCAGGUUGAUGACUACAGAGAAGCCUGGAAUCUGUACCGGAAGGGAAAUUCAAGUUAUAUUGUCGAUACAUUCAAAGGUCAAAUAAAAAGUCAACUAACUUGUCAAGUAUGCCAAACACAGUCAAACAAUUACGAACCGUUCUCAAUCUUAAAUCUUCCAAUCCCUCUCGUAUCUAUGUGCCAUAUCUACGACUGCAUGAAGGAGCUAUUUAAAGUGCAUGUGCUAACGGGUGACGACAGGUGGUACUGUAGUACAUGUAAAACAAAGACACAUUCGACAUUGGGCACCACAAUAACAAAUGUACCAGAGGUGCUGAUUAUCCAUUUCAAUAGGUUUGAUAACCUUUUGAACAAGAAGGAAUGCUUUGUUAAGUACCCUUAUCUGUUAGACCUGAGCCAAGGUAACGGAUUAUUGGGGAAGUGUGACGUACCAUAUAAACUAGUAGCCGUUGCAUGCCACACAGGGACAUUAUUUAGUGGGCAUUACACGGCGUACUGUUUUAAAAACUCGGAAAAUGGUUGGUAUCAUUUUGAUGAUACGCAAUGCAAACCAGUUUCGAAUGGAGAAUGCAUUUCACAGUCUGCUUAUUUGUUAUUUUAUCAAAAGCAGCAAUGA